GUUCCGGACAACGCCUGCUGGGCGCUAACUGCGGCGGGCGCUUCCUCCUUGCGGGCGCUUCCGGCGGCGGUGAAGCCCCCCCCGGGGAGCUCCGUGGGCCCGGCGGGGCGGGGCGCGCCCGAGGGGUCUUGGAGGCUUUUCCUUUAACCCGAUUUUGAAUCCUCACCACAAGAAGUGGAGUAGAACUUUUCGGUAGACAAUAUAUUUCAAGUUCUUCAAAUAUUCUUGCACAACGAGGAAAAGGAAGAAACAUUUCAGUGAAUGAGGAGUUUUUUGCUUCUAUAGCAUUUUUCUUGAGAAGUGGUUCUUUGAAUGAGGAUGACAAUGGAAGAGAUGAAGAAUGAAGCAGAGACCACUUCUAUGGUUUCCAUGCCACUCUAUGCUGUUAUGUACCCCGUCUUUAAUGAGCUGGAAAGAGUAAAUCUAUCAGCAGCUCAGACGCUGAGGGCGGCCUUUAUUAAGGCUGAAAAAGAAAAUCCAGGUCUCACGCAGGACAUUAUUAUGAAAAUUCUGGAGAAAAAAAGCGUGGACGUGAACUUUACAGAGUCUCUCCUGCGUAUGGCUGCUGAUGAUGUAGAAGAAUAUAUGAUUGAAAGACCAGAACCAGAAUUCCAAGAUCUGAAUGAAAAGGCGCGAGCACUUAAACAGAUUCUUAGUAAGAUUCCAGAUGAGAUCAACGACAGAGUGAGGUUUCUUCAGACAAUCAAGGACAUUGCGAGUGCAAUAAAGGAACUUCUUGACACAGUAAAUAAUGUCUUCAAGAAAUACCAAUACCAGAACCGGAGGGCACUUGAGCACCAAAAGAAAGAGUUUGUAAAAUACUCCAAAAGUUUCAGUGAUACUCUGAAAACCUAUUUUAAAGAUGGAAAGGCAAUAAAUGUGUUCAUAAGUGCCAACCGACUAAUUCAUCAAACCAACUUGAUACUCCAGACCUUCAAAACUGUGGCCUGAAAACUGUAUAUGUUGAGAGUUGUACUUUUCAAUGGUGAAUAGGGUACCUUUAUAUGUAAAUUUUAAAGUUGACUGUAUAAAUUAUCAGCCCCUCUUUAGGGGCCUAAUGCAGGAUUUUGAAUGGGAUUAUUGCCAUCUUACACCAUAUUUUUGUAAAACAUUGUAGCUUAAUCAUAAUCUCACAACAAAGAUUUUUUGCAUCACUUUUUGCUAUUAUCAUUCUUUUCAGAAUUAUAAGCCAAAAGAAUUUACGCCUUAAUGUGUCAUUAUGUAACAUUCCUUAUAAGAAUUGUAAAUAUUUGGUGUUCUGUUUCUGACAUUUUAACUUGAAAGCGGAAAACUGCAAGAUUAUGUAUUUAACAAUAUUGGUGGCAAAUAUUCAAUAAAUAGUUUACAUCUGUUAGACUGUCUUUUUGUAUGUGAACGAAAAAGCACAACUCAUCUUUUUAGAACUGCAGAGCAUACAUUAAAUGGAAAAAUUAAAACUGGGUGCUUAAAGUCACUGGCAGUUCAAAUCAGGAUAAAAUGAGGGGUUUUCCUUAAAACUGAGAUUUUGGCUGUGAUCCAAUACUAGACCAGAAUACCAGAAUAAUCGUAUUAAAAUGUCGUUGACAAAGUAAUAAAGAACCCAAGAAGUGAGGUGUGUGUUUUGGUUUUUCGUAGAAACUAAAUCCAUCUUAAUCUUUUGGUAGUAGGCUAACAGGUUUUUACUCCUCUGCUAUUCCAGGGUUUUGUGCAGUAAAAGGUGAACUAAAAAUAUGAACAACUUUUUAUUUAUACUGGUACCCUUUUGGGAGGGAGGAGGAGAGAAAAUAGAAGUCUUCCAAGAAGCUCUAGUGAUAUCUCUACUAUGCAUGCCAUAAAGCAACUCUUUCCAGGGAUUUAAAUCAUGCGAGACCUAGCUUGACAAAUGUUCUUUAGAUGGUUGAGAACUGCUGGUGGACAAAUUGAACCUUUGUCACUGUGAGUUCAUGGUAGCUUUUUGCAAGCUCUAUUGAAUAUUGUGCAUGCCCCUUUGAGGCGCACCUCAAUUUUACUUUGAAAUACUAGGAAUCUAGAAGACUUGCAGGAUUUCAUUCUAUAAAUACUUAAUGUGGGCAUAACUAGUAAAUUUAGGAAAGAAUGGAGCACCUUAUAAAUUUGCAGAAACUGUUGCAGGAAGAUCACUUCAAACUGAAAGAGCACAAUGCUAUAGGACUACUCUUUGGGUGUAAAUGAUGAAUAAAUAUGGCCAGACUUCUCUUACACACUGGCCUGGUGCUGUACUGCUCAUCUGGGGCGAGUGCCUUAUCCAGAGUACACCAGCUGGGUCUUCAUUUAUCCGCUUAAAUGCUCUAGAAAAUAAAACCCAUAUAUACUUGCUGCCCUCUGAAGUAGCAUUAGAUGGAUAGCCAGGUAAAAGAAAAGAAAGUCACACAGAAUUUUUGGAACUUAAUUUGAAAAGAGUGUUUGGUACUGGGGAAGCUGUGCCAAUAGCUGUAAGGAGAAAUAUGUCAGCUUGGGUUAUACUCUGAAUUGGUCCUGAGGUUUUUUACUUGCCUCGGAUUGAGAGGACCAGUUGGCAGUCGUUGAAUGGUGAUACCGUAUUUAUGUACUUGUUCUGCAGGUAUGAUUUUAAAAAAAUAGGACUUGGGACUCAAAACGGAUUUUGCUAUGUCCUGCAAUUUGAUUCCUUGAUGGUAAAAUCAAAGAGGCUGUCAGGAAAUGAACCGUUUCUGUCCAUCAGUUCUUCCUAUACCUUCAUCCUUUAUUGCAUAAAGCUACCUAGUACAGGGCUAAGCUCCAGGUAGUCUGGCCAACAAGUCUUGUUUGUAAACUUAUCAUGACUUUUUUUUGCCUUUUCAGUAGUGGAAAAUUACUGUAAUCCAUGCCUGGUGAUAGGAAAACUUGAAAAUUGAUACCAGGUCACACUCUUCUACUGUGUGCAAUGAAUACAUACCUAGCAGUCUUAAAACUUUGCUUUAUCUUCCACUGAGUACAAGCUGGGGCAUAUAUUUAUCUGAAUUUUAUUACGGUUUUGCACUUUAUCUUCAAGUUACCCAAAUAGCUAAAGAUAAGUUUCUCUUAAUGCAUUUAUAAUACAGUAGCUGGUGUUGCAAAUUGGUAUCAGAAAACUUCUGCUGUGAAUGUGGGUUAUACUUGAUAUGAUAAUGUUAACAUACAGAAUAAAACUUUGUGUAUUUGCUAA